AAUAUACAUACUUGUAGAGGACAUUUGCGUCAAAGCGCCUCACAUCGUCCCCGGCCUCUUGGUCGGUCCAGUUCAAGUCUGACGAAGUUCGUGAAACUCUAGGGCAGUCUAGGACUUUCACCGCGCCAAUGGCUUGUAUUGUUAUACACCUUGUGCGUAGUCCUUUGCGACGACAACUUAGACCUUCUCAACUUGGACAUAGCCGCGACCGAACACUACUUGUCGAGCCAAGACGUGCAGCUCUCAGCCGCGCGAACCUCCACGCGCUACUGAACUUUCUGCUAUUACGCUGGGAGCUCACUUGCAACUACUCGCGUGCUCGGCAACGCCAGAAAGCCCCUUGACCCGGCCGUAAUGGCGCGGGAACUGCGGAGCUCUAGCCGCCUUCGGUGUCCAGGGGCUCCCUCCUGUAAACAAGCUGGCUUCAUAUUCGUCUCGUUGUUCAUUUCUUUGCUACUAGCAGCCAGAGGCACAUUCGCAGGGCGCUUGGCGUUCCACCAGCCGGGCUACCUAGCAGCUUGCCUUUUAUCGCGUGACGGAAACCACGAUGUCCGUGAAUGGGUUGAGUACCACCUCUUUGCGGGCGUUGACAAGAUUUUCCUGUUCGACCACAACAGCAGCGUGCCCAUGAUUGCCGAGGUAUCAGACUACGUGGCUGCAGGCAAGGUGCAGUACACCUACCUCACCAGCACCCUGCCGCGGAUUGCGGGGCCCGAGGACUUCCCCAACGGCUUCCAGGGGCGCGUGUUCGGGGAGUGCCUGGAGCAGGCGCGCGGCUACUACAAGUGGAUGAUGUUCACAGACAUGGACGAGGUCACGUACGUCUUGGACCCCAAAUACGGCUACAGCAUUGCUGCGGUGCUGCGUGACUACGAGCACGCAGGCGCGGUGCUGAUCCACCGCCGGGACGUGGGCAGCAGCGGCGUGCAGGAGCGCACGCCGGGCAUGGGGCAAUUGGCCACGUUCACCAAGUGCGUCAACAGCAACAGCAAAAUGGUCAAGGGCAUCGCGCAGGUGGACUAUGUCUCGGUCUCCUACAAUGCCCACUGCUUUGAGUACAAGGAGGAGGGCCACCUCGGCCUCCGACUGGGUGAUAACCGCACCGUCACGCGCACCGCGGACAUUUCAGACCCCCCCGCGGACCCGCCCCUCCUGAUCUACCACUACGCCGGCUCUGUGGCAGAGUACACGGAGCGUGUGAACAGCCUGAGCUCGGGCGUGAGCGGCCUGACCACCAAGAGCAUCUCCAUGUACCAGGGGCUAGACAACACAGCCAUUCGGGACUGCUUGGCCGGCCGCCGCGCCCACGCGGCCAUGCUGGCUGCCAACGCAAUUCACCCCGUGCAGCCCUUUUGCACCGCCGAGGGCCUGCGCCGCCGCCUGGCGCGGAAGGGGCGGACGCAGAAGCAGUUGGCGGCGGCAGCGGCGGCUGGUGGCGGCGCGACGGCUGGCGGCGGCAGGCGGAGGUUGCGGCAGGUGUAAAAUAAGUAAUGGGUAUUGCGAAAGGCAUGUUACAAUGCGUGGCGAGGACAUAUAGACGAGGUGAUCUCCAAGAAAACGUAGUGGCAUAAGUGUCGUGAUUCCAACUGUCAUUGUUUACCAAAACAUCUCGAAAUGGAACAACACUGCAAGAACUGCUCUUCUCUCCGGCGAUGGCUUGCAUCGUUUGCCAUGACGUGCGGGUGCUUUUGUGCGCGAUAGCGGCCCAACGGCCCUUCUUCUUCUCUUACUCUCUCGUGCGUACAUGAUCUUCUGUUGCCCAGAUGGCUGUAUGUAGGCAGUAUGUAGCGGGUGACGGGUUUGUGACAGACGGGUUGGUGGGCGUAGCGGCAGCUCUCGUAGUAUCAGUGGAAGCAUCAGCACCCCAACUGGGUGCAGCCUCUUGAGGUAGUGUGGAGUGAGCGUGUGCGGGGGAGUGGUACGGCAUGGCGCAUUAGCGUGGUUACUGCAGUAUGCGCAUGGCAGUUUAAGUCGACUGCGGGCCCGGCCGGUCUUGCAUCGUGAUCCUUGCUUCUUGAAUGAAGCUGAAAGCAUGUUACCAUUCAAGACCUGUAUGCGAUGAUCGUCAGGUUUGCUGGCGGCCUCUGAGUGUGAUUGACUACGCGGGAGCAGGACCGAGACAUUGGCGCGCGCAAUGUUACGUGAUAAUGGCGGCAACGGUGGCAUAUUGACUUCGUGAUCCGACGAUAUCUUGGUGCGGGGGUACUUGCCGAUCAUGGACGUGACCAACGACGCAUGAUUGAACCGUACAUAUGCGCAAGUUUGCGCCGGCGAGCGUUAGAGGCACCUUAUCGCGGAUUGGCGAAGGCCAAGCCCCCCUAAAUGUAAUUAGAGUGCAGA